GUGGUCGCAGUUAAACACAUGUUCGCCUCCUUUGCUCCGUGGAGGAUGCGCUUCGUCUCAGCGGGGAGUUUUUGACCUUAUCAUUUCAUCGCGUUCUAAAAAAAAAAAAAUAUUCUAAUUAGAAGACUAAGGGACGGACUUUUACGCACGUUCCAGGCAGGCACGGAUCGAAUAGUUCUGUGGAUUAUUCACGACUGGGGAAACUUUUUUUUUUUAAACUGUAACUUUUGCUGUCCCCUUGAUUUUCAGUAUUUUUUUUAUGGCUGUUUUCGAUAUAAGGACUGUUUUUGCUCUUUUUUCACACAGUGCGUUUGCGAGUGGAUCCGGUGUUUAAAAGAGCAAGUAAAAAAAAAAAAAGUCCAGAUUUAUGAUUUGGGGGAUGGCUACAGCCACCUCCAGCCCGUACCUAGCCAGCAGCAGGAUUCUAACCGGCCCGGUCUCCCACUCUGACCGGAGAGGCGGUAGCAUGCAGCCGGCAAACGGCGUGGUCACCUCGGUGUCUUCCAGCGCGUUCAGAGGGGACCCCUCGGUCAAGAUGGUGCAGAGCGAAUUCAUGCAAGGGGCCACAAUGGUGUCCAGCAACGGGGGGCAUAUGCUAAGUCAUGCCCACCAGUGGGUCACGUCGUUGCCGCACGCCGCAGCCGCGGCCGCUGCGGCUGCGGCGGCUGCAGCUGCCGCAGCCGAAGUUGGUGCGGCGUGGCCGGCCAGCUCCCACACCCAGGAGAUGAAGCGAGGCGGCGGUGGGAGGGAGGACCUCCACUCGGGCGCUACUCUGCAUCACCGCGGCUCCCAUUUAGGGGGGCAUCAAGCGCAGCCUGGCGGCUGGGUGGGCACCAUCAACAUUAGCGAGGGUCAGACGCAGCCGCACCAGCAACAGCAGAGCCUCGUUUACUCUCAACCCGCCGCCUUCACUGUCAACGGGAUGCUCAGCACCCAAAGCCUCAUGCACCCCGGUUCGCUCUUGCGUGGGGACUCCCCAGAGCUCGACCACCCUCAUCACCACCACCACCCCCACCACCACCACCACCAUCCUCACAAUCAUCAUCCUCAUCACCAGCACGCGCACCAUCAGCACCAGCAUCAUCAUCAUCAGCAUCAUCACCAAGAGGCGCACUCGGAUGAGGACACGCCGACCUCGGACGACCUGGAGCACUUCGCCAAGCAAUUCAAGCAGCGUCGCAUCAAGCUGGGUUUCACGCAGGCCGACGUGGGUCUGGCACUGGGCACGCUCUACGGCAACGUCUUCUCGCAGACCACCAUCUGCCGGUUCGAGGCGCUGCAGCUGAGCUUCAAGAACAUGUGCAAGCUGAAGCCGCUGCUCAAUAAGUGGCUAGAGGAGGCCGACUCGAGCACCGGCAGCCCGGCCAGCAUCGACAAGAUCGCCACGCAGGGACGCAAGAGGAAAAAGCGCACGUCGAUCGAGGUGAGCGUCAAAGGCGCGCUGGAGAGCCACUUUCUCAAGUGCCCCAAGCCGUCGGCACAAGAGAUCAACGGGCUGGCGGACACACUGCAGCUGGAGAAGGAGGUGGUGCGCGUGUGGUUCUGCAACCGCAGGCAGAAAGAGAAGCGCAUGACGCCGCCCGGGCUUCCGCGAAGCCCGGACAACGCGUACUCGCAGGUGGGCAGCAUGGGCGCGGAUACGCCGCCACCUUCCUUAGACUGCAAGAGGAUGUACGGCGACACGUGAACGCCACACCAAAUCGCCCAAACUUUAUUUUUCUCUUUGUUUGCCUCACUUCAGCGUUUUGUUACAAGCUCCAGUGUGUCCUGUGAUCCGUUAUGUGCGCGCGCGCGUGUGUGUGCGUGCGAGUGUGUAAAUUCAAAGCAGCACAAAAAGUCAAUUUUUAUGCAUCAUAUUGAAAAACAUAAGUACAAACAUUAAAAUAAGUUAACGACUUGCUUUAAUUUAGCACUGACUUGUUCCCGAAUCCCCCGCCCCCAUUAGGUUUCUUCCAAUUGUGUUUUUAGUAGACAUACAGUUCUCGCAACUCGUUUCAUUGUUUUGCUUUCCUUUAUUAUUGAGAUACAUGUUUUUUUUUCAAGUACAAAACAUUCCUUUACAUGUGCAAGUCAAGUGUGUAUUAUUGUGUGAUAGUUUGCACUAUUUAUUCCCCCCCCCCAUCAUUCUUACAGU